GCCUAGAGUUAUAUAAGGGAGAGCUGUUAGGCCGCCUGGACCAGACUUACUUGUGACUUAGUGUAGUGUACACCUGCCAGACUCUGUCCUCACGAUAUGAAGGUGUUGAAGAGCAGCAAGGUUGGGUAUGUGUGGGUGGCGGCUGUGAUGAUGGGUGGCAUAGUGGGUAGUGAUCUACCUGGUCCAUCAACUCAUCAUCAACAAGGACAUCAACAACUUCAACAUCCAGACACAACUGAUGUCAGCCUAGAUACAGAGAGCCAACAGGAAAUCACCGGGACGUGUGAAGAGUCAACCAACUUCAACAACACACAUUUCAUCAACCCAAGCACCCAGGACACUUAUAUAGGGGCCUGCACACUGACCAUCAACCAUGUUGACGAUAACAUCUGUCAGAUGAGGUUCGAUUUAAUCAAUCUUAAUAUCAGUCAGCCAGAUGACAACGGUGUAUGUGUGUAUGACUUCCUGAUGGUGACUGGUGGCAUGUCCAGUGUCCCCAUAAUCUGUGGCUACAACAGUGGUCAACAUUGUGAGUAG